UUGCACCUUCUCUGUGUAAAAAUUUGUAAUUUUGUACAAAACCAUGAUCUAGUGUUCUGAAUUUCAGUUCCCAAUUUUACAUCACAUGAUUAUCCAGUAAACUUUAUCUUACCAUUCACUGUUAUAAAUUAGUCUGAAAUCAAUUUGGUUCACUCAAAAAUUUGUUCUUUUGUAAAAUUCUGAAAAAGGGGUUUUGGGGUUUUAGUCUAAAAUCAAUUUGAGUCUCUCAAAGAUUUGUUCUUUUUUGUAAAUUGAGAAAAGGGGUUUUGAGUUAUUGUGAUUUUAGUGAAUGGGAUCAUCUGGUUUCUUUAUAAUUUGUGUUCUACAUUCACUAAUAGCUACUGUUAGUGGUGUUUUAAUAAUGUUCUAUUUGAAUGAAAUUUCUGUACUUGGACAUGGUAUUGAAACAGCAAAAAAGUUGUUAGGAUCAACCCCACAUGACCAAUUGGUGAUUAAAACAUCUGAUUCAUUUGUUGGAUUGCUGUUAUGUGUAAUUGGGUUGUUGUUAUUUAUGGUGUCAUUUGUUAAGGAGAGGGAAUUUCAAAGCUUUUUCGCGAAAGGCUGUGUCUUUCUUCAUGUAGCAAUGGGGUUAUGGAGAGUGUGUUUUGAGAGGAAGCUUGAGGAUUUGGCUUAUGAUUGGCCAAGACAACUUGUUGGUGAUUUUGUUUUAGCACUUUCUUGGGUGUUUUUUCUUGUUAAUUCAUGGAGGGAAAAGUAUGAUUAGAAAGAUUGUUACUUUGUGAUGGUUAAGUAAAUUGGUUAUGCAUUUGAGUGUCUUGUCUUGAUCAGAAUCAGACUAAUUGGAUCACUUGAAAAGAUUGUGGUAGUUGCUGUUUGGUGCAAAUUGGAGGUACUUUACCUGCUUGAAUAUUCAUGUAACUAUUUCCUGCAUCUCCUAAACUGUAAAUUACAAUGAAAUAAAGGGAUCAAGAGAUAAGUAAUCCUUGAUUUUUCCUUCUUAUUGUACUGAUAAUGUUGAGAAAUGAAAGAAAGGUGGCAAUUUUGAUACUUAGUUUGUAUUACUUUUUUACUUUUCUUUUUUUCAUUAUCAAACCAUAUCUGCAAAUAUAUAGUAUACUUGAUUGAAUCUUUGUAUC